UCACUCAGCCUGUGAUGAAGGGUCAGAGGGCUUGGCUCAGUCACAAGUUAUUUUAGGAGGAUACUUUCAGUGAGGCGUCACCGCCGAUAGAUGGGACUUAUUUAAGCCGGUCCAGUACGCGCAACGCCACACAAGCGCACGGACGAAAAUCAAGAUGCCAAACUGGGGAGGGGGUGCAAAGUGUGCCGCCUGCGAGAAGACCGUCUAUCAUGCAGAGGAGAUCCAGUGCAAUGCGAGGAGCUUCCAUAAAACCUGCUUCAUGUGCAUGACCUGCAGGAAAGGACUGGACAGCACCACCGUAGCCGCGCAUGAGUCGGAGAUCUACUGCAAAUCUUGCUACGGGAAGAAAUACGGGCCAAAAGGCUACGGAUACGGCCAAGGGGCUGGAGCUCUCAGCUCAGAUCCUGUUGGAGAACAUGCCAACCAGCAGCCUGAUGACUCUAAACCACGACAAACAUCCACAAACUCCACUUCUAACAAGUUUUCCCAGAAGUUUGGUAGCUCUGACCGCUGCCCUCGCUGCUCCAAAGCUGUCUACGCGGCAGAGAAGGUGAUGGGAGCAGGAAAGCCUUGGCAUAAAACGUGCUUCCGUUGUGCUAUGUGUGGUAAAAGUCUGGAGUCGACCACAGUGACCGACAAGGACGGAGAGAUCUACUGUAAAGUUUGCUAUGCCAAAAACUUUGGGCCAAAAGGAUUUGGACUGGGCAAUGCUGCCAUGUUGGAGGAACGAGAGUGAACACUGGAUGUCAAGAAGGAUAAACAUGAAGUAGCCUUAAACUAACAUUGGAACACCAGAAUAGUAAUAAAGGAUAUUUGUACCAAAUCGA